UUUUAUAUGAAUUUUGCCAAUAUUAUGCAAUUUAACCCAUGAAAAUGAACUUUUAAAAAUAAAAUAUUUUUUAUACAAUCAUGAAGAAACUACAUGCGAAAAAUUUUAUCUUUGAAACUCGACUUUUCAAAUUUAAAAUUUUAGUAUGAAUAAGUUGAUAAAUUUUUAUUGAUUAUUUACGAUUUGGCGGUAAAAUUGUAUAAUGACUAAUGAAUUAGUAAACAAUUAGUAGUUUUAACUAAUCAAUUAGUAAUUUGCGCCUCCGGGAGCCGCAUUAAAAAGUUACUAAUUGAAUUAGUUAAACCAAAAUAACUAUUUGAAUUAGUAAGUUUUUACUAAUUAUUAGUGACUCACUUUUUGCUUUUUGAAUUAGUAAGAUUCUACUAUUAAUUAGUUAUUUUUAACUAAUUCAGAUUUAGAGAGUAGCUUCAGAAUCACAAUAAUACUCUUCACUGUAACUGUGCCAUAGCGGCAUCGAAAAAAGGGGUUUUGGGGGUCGCUGAAUACAAAACUUUGGUCGAAAAUAAAAAAUUCAAAAUGGCAGUUUCAAAAUAGCGACCAAAAAAAUUUUUAAAUUAACAUUUGUUAUUAAGAAAACAAAAAAAAAAUUGUUUAUAUUAACGGUUUUUAUAAAAAAAAAUUAGCAAAUAUAUCAAAUGUACAUUCGGGAUUAGAUGUACAUGUUCAUUUAUGUUUUUUAAAUUAAAAACUUUAAAUGCUGCGCAGUAGUUUUCUUAAGCCUUUACAGCUGAGCAAUAAUUUUUAGCAUGCAUAAGUGAAGAGUCUUAAUAAUUAUAACUUUUUAAAAUUUCAAAUUUUUCCAAAAACAUUUUUAAACAAAUGUUCUUGUACAAGAACAUAAACGUGUUCAUGUAAAAGUACUGAUACAUGAAACCUGAACAAAAAAUAUGUAUAAGAACAUGUACAUUUUCUUGUACAAGUAUAUUUUCUUGUCCAGGAUCUUGUACAAGUUCUGGUACAAGAACAUGUCUCAAUUCCGGAUGCUGAACUUGUUCAAGAACAUUACUUGAACAUGUACAAGAAAAUGUACAUGUUCAUUGAUAAACAUGUACAAGAACUUGUACAUGUCUGAAAAUUUCGUUUAUUAAUAAAAUGAUUAAAUGAAGUUAUAUGAAAUUUGCUCAUUUUGAUAAUAAUUUUAUUGUAAAAUUAGAGUGCAAGACUUAUUUUGUUAAGUUUUAUAUUGUUUAAAAUUUAAAUCAUAUAAUUUAAUUAAUUUCUUUUCUGCGCCAAGCAAAGCUUCAAACAAAGUGUUAUAAAAAGAAAACUAUUGGAACAUUCUUUUUUUUAAAUUAAAGCUGAGAUGUUACAGCAAGUUCUCUAUAUAAUAACUUUUUUAAAAAAGCAAAAAUGAGUGAAAAUAUUGGAACAUUCUUUUUUUUAAAUUAAAGCUGAGAUGUUACAGCAAGUUCUCUAUAUAAUAACUUUUUUAAAAAAGCAAAAAUGAGUGAGUUACACAGCAAAGAGUGAAAAGUGAGCCAACACUGCAAAAAUAUAUCUACAAUAAGUAUCUUACAAUAAGAUGUAAUAUGGAAAAAUGGUAUCUUCCAUCUUAAAAAAGAUAUUUUGUAAAGUAUCUUAUUAAUAUUUAAGAUGCUUUUUGCGUUUUAACAAGAAUUAAAAUAUUUCUUCCAUCUUAAAAUGUAAGUUACGUAGAUAAGUUUCUAUAAGUAACUUGAAUUAAGAUAUGUGUGGAGUCAUAUGCUGCUUAGAAAAUAGAUGCUUGUAAAUUGUAAGAUACGUCAGAAUUUGAAGUUACUAAAAUAUAAUAUACAUUAAGCAUCUUACAUAAGAGGCCAUAGUUAACCUCAAAAUUUUUUUCAUCAAAAAUAUAUUAAGCACUUUGGCAAAGAUACUAUUAACAUCUUAAACUAAGAUAUUUCAAAUAAAUAAAAAGUUACUACCAAAACUUCUUAAAAAUGACUAGUAAAACAUCUUAUAUUAAGAUACUUCUUUUUGCAGUGAAGUCACCUGAUCUCCUCUAGUCGGGGGUUUUCAGGGUCGCAGAAUCCGAAUUUUUGGUAGAAAAUAAAAAAUAAAAAAUGGCGAUAAAAAAAUUGAAAAUUUUUAGUCAGAUAAAUUGACUUUUAAAUUUUUUAGCCGCUAUUUUUAAUUUUUAAUUUUUUACAGAAAAUUCGAAUUCAGCGACCUUGAAAACAUACAAUACGAUGUUUUAUUUAAAAAAAUUUUUUUGAACAUUUAUGACAUGAAAACUUUAUUUUCACUGGGCUGUGAAGGGGUUAAAAUGUUCUGCGGAUAUCCCGGGCUGUGAGGAUAGCAUCGCAGUAUAAAAAGUAUUACUUAUAUUACACUUAUCACCAAUUAUUAUAGGCUAAUACAGAGGUAUUAUAGAGUAUUAGACAAUAUUACACAUAACAAGAAGGUUGUACAGUUAAUUGUAUAUCUAACUUUCAAUUUUUCUGCUUAUUUCAUAAGUAUGUACAUGUCAAAUUUUUAUUAUGAAAACGCUGCAUAUUCCAGAUACGAAGAAAGAAGCCUUGGAGAAAAUGAAAACGGAGAGAUUAAAAUAUCCUCCAAUUAGCAUAGGCAUUCCACCAUCAUCAUCUGAAUCUGAGACUGAAAAGUCAAAUAAAAGGGACAAUUCUGGAAAAAAUGUGAAACGUGUCCUCAAAAGUCCGACAGAAGAAAUGUCUCAGCUUAUUCAGUCGAAAGUUAACAAAAUGCAAGGAAAAUAUAUUAACACGAGAAAAGAAACUACGACCAACAAUUACACCAAAAUUAUAAGUAAUAAUAAUUUUAAUCCUAAUUCUACUGACGAUGACGUGGAUGACUUUGAGGAUGAUGAUGGUAAUGAUGAUGAUGAUGAUGAUGAUGAUAAUGAUGAUGAUGAUGAUAAUGAUCAUGAAGAUAACAAUGGCUUUCAAGAUGAUGAUAACUUGGUACAAAAUAAUAAACUAGCGAAAAUGAUUGCUUUCAAACGAACCAACACUGAAAAUUCAACUAUGGGAGAAAUGAAAAAGAGAAAAUUGUCCUGUUACGAGAAUGAUGAUUACUCAAGUGACAUUAGAAGAUUAACAGAACAGAUGUCUAUAUUGAAAAAGAAAGUGGAAAAGCAGUAUGAAGAAAUAGAAGAUUUGAAAAAUACAUUAAAAACAAAAGAUGCAGAAAUACAUGAUUUAAAUCGCCGAAAUGUUGGUCUUCAAAAUAAACUACUUUCAAGAUUAGAUGAAUUGGAUAAAAAUGUUGAGGAUAUUGAAAUUAGAACUGCCGAAGCUUCUGGAAAGCGAACUUUUGAAAAAGUUGGGGCAAUAAAAAAGAACAAGGUACAUCUAGGCAACAAUAUUUGGAUAGACCAAUGUAAAUAUGAUGUAGUGGCACUUUCUUCAAAGUCACCAAAAAUUUAUAUAAAUAAAUUAGCUGAAGCAUGUUUCGGGUUCCAAACGCUUAUAAACAGUAGCGUUACUGGAAAGGUGUCUAAUAGAACUAGAAAAACUAAUUCUAUGGCACGUCCACGCCUCGAUCCCCAAAAAAUAUGUGCUAUACAAGAAUCUUUCGAAAAUUGGGCUAAACAAUGCACACCGCCAUACGAUAAGGUGUCGAUACAAGUUUUUAAAAAUGAUGUUCCGACUACUAUUAGCCAGUAUAUUACGAAGUUGAGACAACGGCACUGCGAAAGAUUUACUAAAGUUCUGAUUUCUGCGGAGGAGGACUCUGUAAUCAAUGACAAUCCAUUACAUAUUGAGAACCUUGUAGAGAUUGAGGACCAACAAAGCUGUGAGGAAAAUGAAGGAGCACCUCAUGAAUUGGAUGACAAUUUACUGAUUAAUAAUGUUGCAGUAAUGAGGGAAAGACCACAAAUUUUGUCUAUUCAGGAAAAAGUGCUGCAGUUUAAUGAAAUUUAAUUCUAAAAAAUAAUUUUUAUAUUAAGAUUUAUGUACAAAUUAUUUAAUAAUAAAUAAGUGCAAAAAGUAAA